AUGGCCUCCAACAAACCCUUCAAUGUCGCCAUAGUAGGCUACGGCCUCUCCGCCAAGGUCUUUCACAUCCCGCUCAUCCUCGCAGUGCCCGACUUCCACCUCUACGGAAUCGUCCAACGAUCUCCCAAACCUGACGAUGAUGCCGCCAAAGACCAUGCUGGUAUUCGAAGUUGGCGUUCCGUCGAUGAGAUGUACGCGGACUCCGCCGUGGACGUCGUGGUCAUUACUUCCAUUCCCGAGACGCACUUUGACAUGUGCAAAGCAGCGCUGGAAGCGGGGAAGAAUGUUGUUGUGGAGAAACCUUUCGUCCCGACGGCCAAGGAAGCCACGCAACUUAUUGAAAUUGCCAAGAAGUCUGGCAAGUUGUUGACUGUCUAUCAAAACCGGAGAUGGGACUCGGAUUUCCUCACUCUUCGCCGGAUCAUGUCGGAAGGUCAUCUCGGCGACAUCUCCGAGUUCGAAACACAUUUUGACCGUCAUCGGCCUGAUCCGCCGCCGAAUGCCAGCUGGAAGAAUGUGGACGCGCCGGCGCAUGGAAGUCUGUAUGAUCUGGGUUCGCACUUGGUUGAUCAAGUGUACGCAUGCUUCGGCAAUCCGAAGAAAGUAACGGGAUUCGUUGGGAUUCAAAGACGGAGUGUGGAGGGCGGUGCGGCGGACUCGCAUACUGUGCUGCUGCACUAUGAGAAGAUGCUUGUGACGGUCAAGGCCGGUGUUGUGAGUCCCGAGGAGGAGCAGUUGAGGUUUUGGGUGAGAGGGACCAAGGGGAGUUUCAAGAAGUUCCACCUCGACGUGCAAGAAGAUCAACUCCGACUCAACGGCAUGCGACCUGGCGACGAAGGCUUUGGCGUUGAGCCGGAGAGCCAUCACGGCACUCUCAUCACCGUCGCCUACGAGAAGGCCAAGCCUGUCAGGAAGACGUACCCGACUGUCGAACCUCUGACAUAUGUGGACUAUUACAAGACCUUCGCGAGAGCUCUGAAGGGAGAAGGGAAAGUACCGGUCGCGCCGGAGGAUGCUCGAGAUGUUCUUCGCCUACUCGAAUUGGCUCUGCAGAGUUCGAAAGAAGGCCGGACCAUCGAAGUAUAGCAUAUCAGUGUCCAUCGCCACAGCGCCGCACGUUUCCUCCUCACUAAGAAUCACCCCACACCUCCCU